GCCCCGUGGGAGAUCCCUGAAAUUCGCCCGACACUCGGCAGUCGGCUGAUAAAAUAAAACCUCCUCGACUCUCGAACCCAUCCGCGAAAUGGCCGAGAGGAGAAUUCGGUCCGAGCCGGACGACAAUCGAUUUAAUGACGUUGAGUCCACACAUACCAGAGAACAAGAUGAUGAUGACCCCAGAGCAAGAGCUGGAGAACUGGCCCAAAGCUUUCGAGAAAUAAAACCUGAGCGGAACAGUUCAAAAAAAGUCAUAGAUCACCACUAUAAACAUAAAAUGUACUGCACUAAAUUGCCAUUAAGAGGACUUGAAGAUUUUACCUAUUCAAAGAAUUUACCUCAAGAAAUUUGGUACACAAUUUCUGGUUAUAUUUUACCCAUGGAUGUUUUGUCUUUUGCCCUCAUUUGUAAACAGAGUUAUUUUGUUUUGAACAUGCCAUCUUUUUGGAUCAGGCUUUAUAAAAGGUACUCGCUUACUAAUGCCAGGGUACCACCGAAAUUAAAAAAUGAUAUACUAGAAAAGACCCUCGGCUUGAAGACUAACGUCGUGAAAUCGCUCUUCUUCUCUUACCCACCAUUUGUAAACAGGAAAAAUAAAUUAGACACUUAUGAAAAAGUUUUGGGCAUGAAGUGCAUUGACAGUUUGAUCCAUCCAAAAUGCAACGAAGAAAGUCUGGAAACUUUCUGCUGGGUGUAUGAUUUUAUAUUUGAAAAAUUCAAGAUUAACACUGCAAUAAGCUCUAAGGAAAAAUAUCCAAUAAACUAUAAUCCAGACAUUGGAAAAACAAUUUUACGUAUCAAAGCGGAUAAUUAUUGCAUUAUCAAGCAGAUAUUUGGAUUGCAUGUGAAAAAAGUCAAAUAUAACAAAUUAUUGCGAUCUGUACACAUUGAAUUUGGACCGGCUUACCUUCCAACAGAUUCUAAUGCGAAUGCAGUCAACGUGUACGUGUACACAGUAGAUGAGCCACCAGGAGUUUUUGAAUGGUGGCAUCCAUCAUAUUAUGAAGAGUUUUAAAAGUAUUUUUUAAAAAGAAAUGUGUACAAAAAUGCUAUAUUUUUAUUUAAAAAUAAAUAAAUAAACUAGUUUUAUGACCUGGUAUUGCCCAGGGGGAUAAUAAAAAAUGUUAUUUAACACAUUA